CAGCCGCAGCGGAUGGGCGGGAUUCCAAUGGGCAUCUCCUCGGCAGACGCACAUCUGGUUAGCGCCUGGAGCACGUCUGAAACGUAACACCUUCUUCAUUUCGCUUCUGGAGUCGGAACUUGCGAGACUUCAGCAGCUCCGCGCCUUGAUUCAGCUUGACUUCUGCCUUAUCGCUCAUCUCUUUUCCACAGCGACGCCGCGCAACUCGAUCCCGUACGUCAGCUCUAUCGCUUCCAACAGCUGGGGUCGCAGAAGUGGAAACAUCUGCAGCCCGUGUGUUCCGGAGAGAGAGAGAGAGAGGGAGGAUGAGACAGCGGCGGAGUGUCCCGAAACAUGCCCGGAAUGAGAGUUAGGGGACAUGAGCGCACCGCCUUCCACGCAGAGACAGUAGGACGGAAGACAGAAGCGCUUUGAGCAGGGAUGAGCGGGUAUUUGUCCGAAGAGGCGCGAUCUUUCCCCCCGCGGAGACAACCACCGGCUGUCCUGUCUGCAGUCUCACCCAAGAGGCGCUUUGGUAAACUGGGGAGAAGGACCAGUGAUGGCUCUCAGCAGUCCGGGUCAUCAGCUGAGAGCACCGUCACCAGGCAGCCCUGUAAAAGCCGCCUCCGUAACCACAGCAACCGCUUUUCCGGAGUCUUCCUGCGGGGUCCCUCAUCCUCUUCGGGGUCCAUGGCAUCCAGCAUCAAGACGUCCCUGUCCAUCACGACCAAGAAGGCCAGCACCAUUUCAACGUCCACCAUUGCGGAAGACCCGUCCGAACUGUCCAACCACAUCACGGCCCCGGGAGUCCUGAAGAUAUUCGGGAGCGAGAUCUGUCGAGGGGCGCACUACAAGAGCGUCCUGGCGACCACCCAAUCCAGCGCCAUGGAGCUGGUCAAAGAGGCGCUGGAACGUUACGGCCUGAGCAAAGAGGAGGCAGUCUCCUAUGUGCUUUGUGAUGCCAUUGGCUCUCUCAAUGAGAACAAGUGGAAGACAGAGGCAUUCCGCGUUGUCGGUGAUAAUGAGAAGCCCCUCCUCCUGCAGUCGCUAUGGAAACCACGAGAGGGCCUGGCCAGACGAUUUGAAAUCCAGAAGCGCAGCUCUGUGGAGGAGAGAGAGUCUCAAGAGAAAGACACGGUCACUGCAGGUAUCAACGCCCAGGCUCGAAAACUUCAAAAGAGCCGCUCCCGGGUCACGUCCACGCUCAUGGAGAGGUCGAGCGUCCGUGGCGCUCUGUGGAGGAGCAGGAGUUCCACUGACAUGUUAGACUGCCACGCCCAGCAGAGCCCCAGACACCAGAGCCAGACCUCACUGCAGAUCUGCGAGCUCCCCACAACGGACCCAGAACACAGCGUCAGUGAAGCGGGGGACUCGGGGGCCAGAACAGAGGCCCUGUGUGAGCCCGGGACCGGGGCCGAGCGAGGGGCCACGGAGUGGGAGAGAGAGGAGACGGAGAGCAGCGGCGAUAGCAGCACACAGUACUCCAUUCACCCGCCUCAGGACUGUCCUUACCUGCUGCUGCUCAGGGGACACAGCCUCGCACAGGACUUUCUCAUAUAUCUCCUGACAAGUCCGAAUGUCACGGUGGGUCGAACAUCUGACCCGAACCAGGAAUCAAAAGUCGACAUAGUUCUUUCCGCUGAUGACAUCCUUUCGACACACUGCAGUUUUCACCGGCUUCCAAACGGCCGCCCGACGACCCUGCGCCCGUGCCCGAUCGCCGUAGUGACGAAGAACGGGGAGCAUCUGAAUGCGGAGGUGAUGCUCAGCUCUGGAGAUGUCAUCGGCAUUGGACACAGCUACCUGUUUAUGUUUAAAGACCCCGCUAGUCCAAGCCACCAGGAUUUCUUGACCACUGAGCCCUGGCUACUGACCCACUCUCCCACCUCUCCAGAUGAACUGCUCCUGUGCAGCACCUGCCUCUCCACUUCCCCCUGUCCACCUCUGUGUUUCAAAACACCACAAGGACACGACCUGACCAUACGCUUUCCAACACACUCUUUGGACACUGUUACCAAGGAGAUAAUAACCAUGGGACUACACAGCAUAGUUAGUACAGAGAGACCACAGAUGACUUUAGCCUUUCUUCUCAGCACGUGUAUCCAGUACUGUGCUACUAGCCUGCAGGCGUCACAGCUACGCAGACUGCUCCUGCUCACAGCCAGUCAUCUACAGAGCAAUGUGUGGGAGCUCACAAAGCAGCUCGCUGCUGUCCAGUCUGAAGAUUUAGAACCAGAGCAGUCACAGCCUCUCACUCCGGAGGCCGUGAUCUCAGGCCUGCGCCCCCUGGUGAUGUGGAUGUCCAACAGCCUGGAGCUCCUGCACUUCAUCCAGUUCCAGCUGCCCGAGCUUCUGGAGUGGAGGAGCAGGAAGGAGCAGGGACAUAUGCACGGCAAUGAACACAACCUGUUUCUUCAGAUCUAUCUUUCUUGUGUGCGAUCAGCCAUGGAGGAGACCAUAGCUGUCCUGGAAGAGGUUAUAAUGCUGGCGUUCCAACAGUGUGUCUAUUAUAUUACUAAGGUAUUGUACCCUCUCCUACCAGCUGUCCUGGACUGUAACCCGUUCAGGGGGAGUCCGGACACUCCUGACACCAUAGACGGCUCUCCGGUCCUGGGUACUCCUGCUCUCCAUGCCCCUGAGGAGAUCCAGAAGGUGGUGGAGGUCCUCAACCAAACGUGGACACUGCUCCAGACCUGCCAACUUCACCCGGAGAUGUCAGCCCAGCUCGUUGGGUAUCUCUUCUACUUCAUCAACGCCUCACUCUUCAACUCGCUCAUGGAGAGAGGUUCAGAGGAGGGCUUCUACCAGUGGUCCCGUGGGGUCCACCUAAGGGCCAGUCUGGACAUGAUCUUAGACUGGGCUCAUGAGAGGGCCCUGGGAGAAGUGGCCCUAGAGCAGACGCUAAAGCUGUCCGGGGCCCUUAACCUCCUGGCGACCCCCCGCAAGACCCUACUCAAGACCUGUUGGGGGUCCCGCUCGCUCUAUCCCUCUCUACUUCCUGCACAACUACACCACCUGCUCAGCCUCUACCGCCCCCUGUCUCACCCCCACAGCAUGUGGAGCCCAUCAGCCCUGGACCAGGAUGCAGCUCUGAACACGAGAGACAUAUUGGAGAGUUUUGACACCCAGCACCCUUUGGUGCUGCCUGACGGGGGGUACCAGUUCCUCUUGGAGAGCCCCGUGACAGAGUGUGGACUGUGGGAGCAGCUGGAGGAGCUCAGCCUCUUCAUCUAUAACACGUGUGAGAGCACAGAGGAGCAGGCUCCUCCAAAAUCCCACCUCCAAACUGACGACGGCACGCUGCGGCUGGCACAAAAACUACAACAUCUGGAGCUUCAAAAUCAGGGACAGGAAGAAGAUGGAGACGCCAUGACAUGCUCUGCUGUAGGCUCCUCCCCCUGUCCACUCACCCCUCCCAGAAGCCCCCAGCCGCACGACAAUGGUCACGAUCACCCCAUCGACCAAUCACAGCAGCUGAAGAACAAUGAGGCCAAUCUGUGGAUGUCUAAUGGAGACAUACUCAAAGAAGGUGUGUUGGUGUGUGAGGGCCGGGCUGAGCUCAGGUCUGAAGGCUCCUGUAUGAAGACUGUGGUGGAGCAGAAGGAGGAAGAGGACCAUGAGAACAACAACCAGGAAGUGUUCAGCCUGGACCUGCAGCGAGGAGAGAGGGGCAUCGGUCUGGCUCUGGUCGACACGUGGAACACAGCGGUGAAGAUGAAGGGCCUCUUCAUCAGCGCAGUGCUCCCAGAGUCCCCGGCCGCUCGCACUGAGAGACUGGCCCCCGGAGACAGGAUCCUGGCUGUCAAUGGAGUCAGUCUGCUGGGAGUGGACUACCAGGGUGGAAAGGAGCUGAUCCAGUCGUCGGGUAACAGGGUGAGGCUGCUGGUGGCUCGAGGAGAACGGAGACCCAAAGCUCCACACACUCAGCACUGAUGCUAGUGGAGAGAGGAGAGAGGAGAGAGAGGACAGGCAGCUGGAAGAGACGAC